AUGUCUUCGCCCUACUAUCCUUCUGGUAUCCAUAGUCGCCCGACCUCGUACAUUGCCUUGGAAUGUGUCAGGUCUGGAGUACCAUUUGAUGAAUACGCAAAGCUACGAGGACAACAAAAUAUUGAAUCAUUUAUAUUUCUAAAGAGCUAUCUUUAUGAGGAGAAAGCGUUCUUGAACAUGUCUUCUGACUCGCUCUCCCAUCUCGGCCAGGGUUCUCAUGAAGUUCACCGCCGUCAUGCCCUCAGCACUGCAGAUGGUGGAGACGUCUACGAGAUGAUGCAGUAUCGGGAGAGUGUGAAAAGGAUGCCAGCUAGGAUAGUUACAGAUGCGGGGAUGCCGGUUAGGAGCUCGUUUUACUGGAGUAGUAGCGGGGAUGAAGAGGAGGGCGAGACGACGGAGAAGGGAAGAAAUACCUGGAUAGGGUAUUGGAAGAAACACUCUGAGGACUUCCAAGCGGCUGAGAAUCAAGUUAGAUGGAAUACCAUAAGCUUAUCCUGCUUUGACUAA